CUAGAGACUAGAGAUAGUAGGUUUAGAGAGGGUUUUGGUCUUACACUCUUACUAGGCUUUGGCAGUUUCUAUUUUGUCAUACCCCAUCAGUAGAAAAGCAAGAAUUAAAAGAAGGAAAAAGAAACACUCUCUCUUUUUAUAAGACUCUGGUCUAACUACCAUUUGCAGCAAAAACCCUCGCUCACUAUCAUCACUCUAAACUCUUCUCAGAGAUUUUCAACUGAGUUUCAUUAGAUGGAGAAUCAAGGGAAUGUUCCUCUUAGCCUGGCUCAUUACUACCAAGGAAAGAGCAUGGAGGAAUUGAGGCAAUCUCUGUUAUUCACAACUCUAGAGCUAGAGGCAACAAGGUUAGCAGCACAAGAGGAGAUAAGGAAGAGAGAUGAGCAAAUGAUUCAUCUUGAAGAUCUCUUGAACAGAGCAAUUACAGAGAAAAAUGAAGCACAAGAAAAAUGUCACAGACUUGCAAUGGAUAAACUAGUCCUUUUACAGCAGCCUCAACAACAAACCACUCCGCUCUCUGGAAUGUCAAGUAUUGAAGAUGAACAGCGAAGAGGAGCAGGAGGAGGAGGAGAUUCUAAUACGGCGAUAUCGUCAUCUGAUUGUGAAGAAAGCAUUGUUUCGUCUCCGGUUGCUGUCGACCCUUUUCAUUCAGAGAUUCUUAAAGGGGUUCCGGAGAAGCCUUUGCCAGAGAAAGGGAAACUUUUGCAAGCGGUUAUGAAGGCGGGGCCGCUUCUUCAAACACUCCUCCUUGCUGGGCCACUCCCUCAGUGGCAACACCCACCUCCACCACUCAAUUUCUUCGAGAGACCUCCGGUGAUCAGCCCUUCUUCCCCUCAUUUUCUAUAUCAUCAUGAGCCUUCUUUUGUCAACAUUACAAGUACUAACAAGGAAAACAGUCAUGGUAGUUCUCCUAACAAGAAGAGACCUUUGGUCAUUGGUGAUGGUUCUGAUAUUUCUUCCAAGAAUCCCAAGUAUCAGAGUAGUGCUUUGCAUUGACAAUCAAACAAAUUCUACUUCUGAACCCCUAGAUUUUCAGCAUGAUUUCACCUAAUCUUAUAGUCUGUUAGAAUAGUCGAGCAUUCAGUAUAUCAGAGGCUUGGGCAUCUUUUUUUUUCGCAAAUCGGGCAUAGACGUCUCUUUUUUUGCAAGCCGGUUUUCAAGAAGAGUCGGGUCUGUCCAUGUGCUUUAACAUAUCUUUUGGUAUCUUUUCUUUCUGGAUCAGAAUGAAAUUGAUGGUUAGUAACUCAGUAUGCACCUAAACCAAGCGUACUUGUAUAGUAGAUUGUCUUAGAGAACAGAAUGAUCCCAGCUUUUAAUUCAACAAACAAUUGAGUAAGAGUGAGAGAGAUUGUUGUAAGGUUUUUCUUGCUCAUCCUUUGUGAUUUAGAUUUUUCGUGUUUUGAUCUUAAUUUCUCAAUAUGCUUUGUAUGUUGUCUGAAAUGUCUUUUGAUUUCAUUUCAUCACCAAAGAUUGUGUUGUUGUUUUUUAUUCUCUUCUCAAUAUAUGAGGUGACAUUGUUUUUAUUAUUUCAUUUCAUUACACUACAAAUUGAUUUUUGGUCUUUGUUUCCUACCGUCUGAAUUCGAAAUUCGUCAGCACUCAC